AUGUUCGUUUCGUUCGCUUUCAAGUGUGUCACCAUCGUCGUCCUCGCGCUCCUAUCCGUCUCGGUCUCCGUCGACGCGACCGCAUCUCCCGCCGCGAUCCCCGCCGUGCUGGAGGUGGGUCGGGAGCUGCGGAACGUCAGCAUGGCGUUCGCCGGCCGUUACAACGCCAACGCUGACGUGGACGCUGCCGUCAACGCGGAUGCUGACGCCAGGCGCAGCAGCUCCGAGACGGCCGCGGGUGCGGAUGAGAACGGGGACGUGCGGGAAGGGCGAGUGUUCGGGCUUCACGGGUUAAGACCGAGCAUGGGUUACGAGAUCAAAAUCUCCUUCCCUGCGAGUCUACCAGCGCGCUUCCAUCUCUCCCUAGUUGCCGUGAACCCAGAAGCCGCCACAGGCAGCCCCCAGGAAGGUGCUGCUGGCUCGUGGGGGGACCUGGCAAGCGGACUAGCAGCCAAGUCCCGAAAGAUGCUGGACACUGAGAAGGUUAUUUUCAGGACUGAUAAGCACUCUAACGUGCUGCUGCAAGGCCGGUCGCUCUUACCGUCUGCAGCAGUGCAUGUAUGGGCGGAGCCCACAGCAGUCUUUCCAGGGGGCAGCCGUGAAGGACCAGAGAAUGUGCUUUUCAAUAUCGUCUGUGAGGAGCUACGCCUUGGCAUACCAAUAAGUGCAUUUCGCCUUGCUGCGUUCGGCAUCAUUCUACUUACAGUUGUGGUGUUUAUCGCACACCAAGCUCCAUUGAUCUCGCUUGUUUCACUUGCUGACUCCCUUUCCAGUGCCCCUCUCUUUCGCCCCAAGAAAUUCGACGACCGGCACACUCGCCCCUCGCCUCACUCACCACCGCGCACGCGUCGCGCCCUGGCUGUCGGUGCCUCUCACGCGCAAGCUGCUCCUCCUGGUUCUCUCCCCCUCCCCCCGCUUCUUCCCCCUUCAUCACCUCUAGCCCCCUACCCACCUUCCCAUCGCGGAAGGUCUUUCCGCGUUUCCUUUCCACCUGUCGUCCGCAAGAUUCUCCGCUGGCGGAGUUUGGCGGAUGCUGCGCGGCGAACAAUCCCUCACCUCACCUUUCUGGAAGCAGUCGUGCUCGACCAUUCCCAGGCCCAGCCGUCGCAUCGCGCGGCGCUUCAGUCGGAAGACCUGCCGUCGCAGAUCGACAUCCUGCAGACGAUGAUGGCGCGGCAAGGCCGGCCGAUGCCGGGCCGGCAGCACCAGAAGCAUCUUCACCAGCACGCGACUCCAGCCACGAGUCGACGCGUGGCCUGCAGCGGCCUGGAAGAGAGAGACGGCAGCGGCGCGUCGAGCGAAGAGGAGCGAUCACAGUGGAUGUUCGACGAGAGCAGCAGCAGCCUCAUGAGCAGCACCAGCGGCGAGCAAAGCACCGCGGACGCGCAUUCCGCGCUGUGCAUUCCGGAGGAUAGUGGCUGUGUUAGCGUUAACGGAGGUGGCGACGGUAACGGCGGUAACGGCUCGGGGACGUUUACGGAGGCGAGGGAUAUCGACAUUGACGUGCCGGACUACUCGCUGUUGUUCAACGAGGCGCGCGCGGCGAAGACGGAGGGGAAGGCGCCGCGCGUGGUGCCGAAAUACGGCGAGGAGAUGGCGGACGUGCCGACGAAGCGAAUCGAAGUGUACCUACCGCCGCCGUCCCCGCAAUGCUCGCCGAAGCGUCGACCUGGCUGCUGCCUUCCGUUGUUCGGGCGUCGGUGA